AUGGCGCUCGCUCGUGCUUGGAUGGUGCUUGAAUGUUUGCUGGCAGUUUUCUGCAUUUUAUCUAUAGGUGGUGAGUCUGAUUAAUCUAUGUUUACAAUAUUUUCCACGUAAAUGGGAAAUUGAGUGGUAGAAAAUCAUAGAAGAAGCGACAACCUGCAAUUUUAUAGCUUUGUAUUUUUUUAGUUUUUUCGCGUACAUGUAAGCGAUGUAACCUUACACUGUUAGUUUAAAAGUCCGAUUUCGAUCUUCUUCGUUAAAUAGACUAAAGAUCCAUUAAGCGUUUUGUUAAGAUGUUUUGUAAAUAAUGACGUAUUUGUAGAGGGAUAAGGAUUGGGUAAGAAAUUAUUACUUGCUCGUUUUUAUACUCAACUUUCUCGAUCAAAUUCAAACGGGAAAAAAUGCUUACACAUUGUUUACGAAGGGUAUUGAGGCAUUAAGUCAUAUGGAUGCUGGAAUAGAUCCCUAACUUCAGUUGUAAUUUUGUUAUUUUUGUUUGCUUUUUUUUUUGUAUUAGUAUUGCCGACAAUGUUACUGACAGUGAACGCAAAGCGUCUGUCGAAGUAUAUACAAUAUGUCAUGUACUCGGUGUCUUGUUGAUAUACUGCUAAUGAAAGUGUGAGGUCAUUAAGGUUGGAUAUUGACCAAGUUCUUUAGCUGGGCCAAUAUAAAAAAAUCCUCAUAAAACAGACAGUCACUGCAUACACUGAUAAAUACUGUCUACUAAAUUCUUACCAUCUGUUAAAAAAUGCUGUCUUUCAUAAAUUCAAAGACUAUGAAGUCAUUUCAUAAAAUGAUUUGAUUUAUUUUUUAGCCUAUUUUUUCGCAUUUUCUUAGUUACAGCAAAUAUUGUUGCAGUUGUGGCAAUAUUUUAAAUCAGUAGUUAGCCUGAAAAAACGGCCGACAUUUGGCGAUGCUACCAAUGGUUUCCCUGCCAAAUGACGUCUGAGAAACAAGAGCAGAAAUUCCAUACUGAUGACGUUUCACUACCCAGAUCUGGGUAGUGCUUCUGAUUGUUCGUGCCACAUGGGAAAUUUGAUUCAACCAAUCAGAAGCACUUCCCAGAUCUGGAUAGUGACACGUCAUCAGUAUGGAAUUUCUGCACUCUUUUCUCAGACAUCAUUUGGCGGGGAAACCAGUGGCAGCAUUGCCAAAUGUCACCUGUCUUCUCAGGCUAAUCAGUAGUGAGCCAAUUAUUAAAUUAAGCUUUUGUUCAACGAUGGAUGCAUAAAUUGAGACCAUUUGAAAACUGCAAGUAAAAUCAACAGAAACUGUUACAGAAUAAAUAAAAACUGAAAAUUUCUGACUUCAUCAGAUCAAAAAAAGCCAAGUUUUUAUAAAUCCUUUAAAAUUUACAAUAAAUCCUUAAUUAAACCUCGGGGAUGGAGGGGGGCUUAUUUAUUUCAAAAACCUUUGAGAAGGGGGGGUCUUUAUCUUUAUUGACAUGUGAGGCUUAUUUUAGAGGGAGGCUUCUUUAAUUCAGUGAAGAUGGUGGUAUCAGUUUUCCAUAAAGAACUAGAAUGCAAAGUGGAAAAGCUCAAAUACAAGAAGUUGGGGCUUGGCGCACGCUACUGGUGUACACGAGCGUAACACCGUGCCUUACGCACGAUUUGCGCUCAAGAAAAGGCACGGUUUUUGUGCCAAAGCACGGGAAAAAAACAUGCAAAGGCACAGAUUAGGCACACCUUAGGCGCAGUUAAGGCACGUUUUAAAUAUUGCUAAGGCACACUUUAGGCACAGUUUUGGCACGGUUUAGGCACGGUUUAGGCACAAAUAUUCAAUGCUGGGCACUUUUUUGAAAAUCUUUGUAACCCGACUUGCAAAAAAGAACAAACUUGGUACGAAUUACAAAAAUAAUUCAGAUCAAACACGAUACAGUUAGAAGUAUAGGAAGUGUAAGUUUUGAGCCGCGCCGAAAGUCUGGAAAAUUAAAGUAUUCUUCGACAGUCCGUGUUUACUCCGCGGAUAAAGUGGAAAUUCACACGCGAUAUAUGCCGGUCUGAACCUUUUCGAUUGCCAUGCAAUUUUAUAAACUCGCUUUCUUUCGUUUCUAAAAGAAAUCGUGAAAGAAAGUCGAAGCCAUAAUAACAAAAACAAAGCUAAAGAAGUGAGGCACAAAAAUAGCCAAUAAAAGUCGUAGAAAAUACUUUUUGCGAUCGCGGUAAAAUUGGCCUGAAUUUGCAUAACAACAUGAAAAGUACAAAGUGGUAAUUUGAAACCUUCAUGCCAACGCGUGUUGUUUUUUAAAUACAAAAUGCGGCUGCUUUUUAAAAAUAUUUCUCUAACUAAAAAAGUAGGAUUUACACUGUAGUAAAAUAAUUCAACCUGCUUGUUUGUUUUUGUUUUCUGGCUCUGUUAGCAAAUUAAGCUUUGAUCAUCGUUUAAUAAUCGAUGAGAUGUGCCAUUUAUUUCAAAACUCAUCAGCGUGCAAUCAAUUUUUUCGUUUUCAUUUUAUAAGUCAUAUCACAAGUAAAUUCUUUUUUUGAAUGCAAAUCUGCCCUCCUGAAAAAAACAAAUAUUUCGUUCCAACUAAACGCUCCAUUAAGAAGGGGAGAAGAAACCUACUUGGAAAUUUUUUAACAUCGAUGAAAUUAGCAUAAUAUCAACUAUGUAAUUGAGCUGAGCACUUACUUUAAAUACGCUAACCUGUUUAAGAUUCCAUUUUCCUGUUUGUCGGGGCUUUCCCUGUUGUCUCUAACCGUAUUCUGAGUCGUCAGACCGUGUUUCUAGACUUCGUAAACCUCAAAACUGACAUAAUUGCCGUGCGCCCUUUUCAUUCGCUGUGGAGCUCGAUAGGCUGGACACGAUUUUCCGAGUGACUCAAUAUUUUGGCACAACUUGUGCACAGAUUAGGCACAGUUUGGGCACAACUUAGGCACGGCUUAGGCACGUUUUUCAAAACUAAAAUGCACACUUUAUGCACAUCUUAGGCACAUUUUAGGCACAAAAUCUUUAUGCCAAAGCACACUCUAGAAUCCGAUUUUCGGUCCAACGCACGGUUUACGAAUUUUCACGUUAAAAAAUGCUGUCUAACCUUACAUAUUUGAUCUUAGCGUAAAAAUGGGUUUCCCGAAGUCUUAACAGUUAGUCUAUAAGGAAAAUUUAACUUAUGAGCAUUCCAAAAAUUAUUAUUUCUUCUCUGAACAACAACAGAAAGUCAAUGAAAAGCAAUCUUUUAAAUUGACGUUCGCGCUGCACAGAGAUCGUAUGUAGACAGAACAUCUUUCUGAAAACGCCCUAAACUUUGUUGUUUUGCCAUUAUGAUCAGUAAUUUUUAAUACAGUUAGUACUCAUAAGUCACUGACCUCUUCGGAGAAAUUUUUCCAAAGUACCAUUAACAGAAACAGAGAAAUCCCACAAUAUGCGUGGUUAGACUGUAAAAUUAAUGUUACGCGAGCUGUUAAAAAAUGGUCCCAUUUUGAGCCAUAUUUUUCAUAUUUCAAUUUUAUUUUGGUCUUACAGCCAGGAAAAAAAUAUUCAAUGAAAAGCUGUUUAUAAACUUUAACUUCUUGCCAAAUAUCGAUGCGAUCUGAGUUUUAAUAAGUUCAUAAGAGCCAAACGAUGUGAGAUUCUUAGCCGUGUACACCAGUAGCGUGCGCCAGGCCUUGGAGGUCACUCAACCAAGGAUUAAAAACAAAUCUGAAUUUCUAACACUUGAAUAAACCAUCCCGGGUCAGUGCAAAUUAAGUAUGACAGUCAUGAUUGAUUAAUACAGUCUAUCAAAUUUUUUUACAAGUGAAGGAUAAUGAGAGGGACAGAAGGAUCAGGGAGGAUGUAAAAAGAGAAGGGGGUGCUGAUGAACUUUCUUUCCCUUAAAAGAGGGGCCUUAUUUAAGGGAGGGGGCUUAAAGGAGCUGUGUCACGAAAUUCAGCUAAAUUAGGAAAUUACAAAAUGCUUGUUAAAUUAAGAGAAACAUAAAAAUAGCUGCUUAAAACUUUAAAGGAAGGUUAAAAAGUAAAAGAAACAACAGAUGUCACUGAUGGGCAAAACUGAAGAAGAUUGAAGUGGAUUGAUAUUAGGGUUUUUGAAAACUGUUCAGCCUAACUGUUUUUCAAAGUUGAUCCCUGCUGCUUGCAACUUCAAAAAUAAUGCUGAGGAGACAUAUUUGUUUGUCUCGGAUCUCUGAUUUUGUCAUUUACAUGUAAUUUCUUUUCUUACUUUAAGUUCCAUAGCGAUUGAGGACAAGUAACUGGAAAAAUACCAGAAAAUGAACUGGACAGCCAUGACACAGCCCCUUUAUUAAUAGGGGAUUUACUGUGCUGUAUUUGUAGUGCAGCAGAACCUUUUAUAUUACCACCUUACUAUUAUAGCCUCUUUGACUUGUCCUGGCAAAAUGCCAUAAAUUUUUUAUUGGAAAACUCAUUCAUUAAUGUGGUUGUUAAUGUUUUCUUACAAAUUCACCCAAAAUUUAAUAAAUGUGCUUUCCAAAUCACAGACCAGAGGUAAUUAGAAGUACAUAAUUAUUCCUUUUUUAACUAACAGUGUCUAAAAUGUCAUAUAAAAAAGAGAACAAAGCAGUAGUGAAAUCUGACCUUUUUCUGCUGAUCGGCCAAAUUCUUGUGGCCUGUUAGUGACAUAUUAACUGGGUUCCACUAGGUAGAUAGAUAAUGUAUUAAGACAUGUUAUUAUUUAUUCAAAUAUUUCCCCGAUUCUGAGUGGCUAAAAACACAUGCACAAUUCACCAUAACCAGCUACUGAUGACCAAAUUUGAAAGAAUUUUGCGAUUAAUCAACCGAUGAUGUCAAAAGUGCAGCUUCCUUGCAGGUUACUGCACCGUUAACUGAGAAGACCUUGGAACGAGCUUGAGUUGUUUUGUUUGUGAAAACAAAAAUGGGGGGCAUUUCACUAAGAACAGGCAAGAACAGCAAGAAGACAACUCGAAGGGCGACAUCUGCUAUCUGGAGAAUAUUUGCAGAGCUGAACAACCCUAAACGUGCACUAUCGAAGAUAUGUUUUUAAACUAGGAAUUAUUUUGGAUGAACAAUAAAACAUAUUAUUGAAUUCAGCUUUCAUAUCAUGAAAAAUUAUGGAGAUCUCUGAGGGUGUUAUCCGCCUCGGCCUACAGCCUUGACAGAUAACACCCUCCUCGAUCUCCAUAAUUCUUCAUAGGAUACUCAGCCUCAUAUAUAAACUGUUAAUUAAGUUCACUUGACAAUAAUAGUAAGUGUUGUGUUUUGUUUUAAUCUAAUAAUUUUGCAGUGCAAUCCAGCUCAGGUGGGCCAACCACUGCUAAUGAGUCACCAACCAUACUUCAAACAGGCCCCAAUAAUACAUCAACACCUACUUCAAUGCGAGCUACUUCUAGUAGCAUUAAACCCACACCCACACCUUCAAACCACAGCACAGUACCCACUCCUGGAAACCACAGUACAGUACCUACUCCUGGAAACCACAGUACAGUACCUACUCCUGGAAACCACAGUACAGUACCCACUCCUGGAAACCACAGUACAGUACCCACUCCUGGAAACCACAGCUCAACACCUACAAGCAAACCUGGAAACCACAGUUCAACAGCACCAACCACAAAUGUGAACCCAUCUUCUGUGACACCAACCCCAAAAGGUAGAUGUUUUAGUUUAGCUGUUCAGAAAGUUUUGAUUGGUAUUUCCGUUACUGGUAAUGCUGGGGUGACUGUGUCAGGAGUUAACUAUUCAUACUGUUACCCAAAACACUUUUGUUAUUGCUGCAUGUGUACAAUCUAUGACAUGUUUCUUGUCCUUUUUGCAGUACCUUCAUAAAGCACUUUCGGCUUCAUUUGUUUUUUAAAAAUCAUAUUUGAAUCAACAUAAUGCCAGCAAAUUCUAGUAAAUACCAUUGAUUAUACUUUAUACAAAAAUUAAUAUUUAAAUCUUUAAAUGCAGAAUGUAUUCUUAUUUGCUCUCUUAUAUCUUUCCGAUCACAACUUAGGUUAACAUCUCUCUUUCAGAGUGUGAGUGCAGUCUACUGUGGAUGUGAAACUGUAACUUGAAUUUUUGAGUCUGCCUGUGAAUAAAUUCCAAUUAAGUCUAAUCAUGUACAUUCAUCUGAUUUUUUUUACCAGACUGAUGAGUUUGAAUACGGACAAAACUGACUGACACAAAGUUCCGUUACAAAACCCUUACUGAACACAAUUUGAACUAGUUUGCCCCGGGUGUUUUUGUUACAGGUCAAAAUUAAAUUCAGGUUUCAAUUUUUUAACCUAGGUUGAUUAUCAAUAUUACCUUAAUAAUUUCUCCUAGCCCUAAUUACUCAUGACCUAGGGUUAGGAGACAGAGGAAACUGAGGUUCACCCUAGUUUAAAAAUUAUAACCUGGAUAAUUGUAAUUUUGACCUGUAACAUUUUCAAAAGUUGUAAUACCUCUGUAGUAUUGAGAGGCUAGGGUUACUUCUGUUUUGUUUUAGGGCAUCAUAACAGCAAUGGUGGUUCAGGUAGUUCGAGUGGAAAGUGGGUGGCUACUGGAUUUGCUGUAUUUUUUGGUAUAACAACCAUUGUGAUGACUGUACUAUACUGCCGACAGCGCAAGAUCUAUAGAGAGCUGGAAGGUGACAGUUCCCUGUCAAGGUUGAUCUAGUCUUGUUGAAAACUACAGGAAAUGAUUAGCAGAUGAUGUCUCUGACACAAGUUAAGGACACAAUUUCUUGAAAUCCUUUCUAGUUGUCUUUAUUUGAUCUCUUUUGCUUUAUUGAUCACCUGACUGCAUUAUGAGUAGAACAUUGUAAGUAAAGUUCAAGUUUAUGAGGUUGAAGGAAAAUUCAAAAUGCAAUGCUGGUAAUUUGCCAAGAAUGAGGAUAUUGGCACGACUUUGCAGACACUGCUAACAAGGGUUAGAUUAUGUCUACAACAGGGACCAGUUCCUCGAAAGAUGGUUAAGUUUAACCCAGGAUUUAGCCCAAUUUUAAGCAAGCUUUUCGUGUCUGAGAACAUGUAACUGGAGCUUACAAUAUAGUGUUGUGCCUUUACUUCGAAAAAGAGAAAUGAUAACAUGAAAUAUUACUCUAAGCCGAUGCAUAGGAAGGUAAAUACAAAAAGUGGAACAAAAUUUUAAUCCUGGAUUAGCGUUAAUCGGCCUUUCAGGAACUGGGCCCAGAAGCUUAGGGAUAGGUGGGUGAGAUAGAAUCCUGAGCAACUCUUUAGUAAUGUCAAAUUCUUCCUUUUUUGACGAAAAGAAAUUAGUCAAUUUGGCAGAAUAGUCAAGCUAUUGAAGAAUUUUUUCCUUUUCCUUUUUCUUUUCUUUUUCUUAUGCUAACCUUCAGUUACUUUUCACCUAAUUCCCUCUGGUAUUUGCAUCAUUUCUAAUAAUUUGAUCAUAAAUUCUCCCAAUAAGCACAAUAAGAAAUGUAAUGAUCCAAGUAAGGAGAAUUUGUCAGUUGAGAACAAGACUUGAGUGUUGUGUUAAGUAGGGUUUACAUCUCUUUAAAAGAGAGUAAUGAGGUCCUGUUAGGGGUAAAUUCUGACAAGUGAUAUGGCCUUGAAACAGUGUUAUAAGACAGAUGAAGACAGCUGCACUGCCAUACUGCAACAGCAAUGGAGGACCCACAAAAGACAAGCUCAAAUACAAUAGUAAAAUACUGACAAGUACAUGGCUUCUUCCUUAUUACUUGAAGGGAAGGGUUUUGAAAUUCAGGCCAUGAACAUACCUACCCCCCCCCCCAAUCUGCAAAACGACCUCAGGGUCGAGUUGUUCAAAACUGGGUUGAGAUAACCCAGGGUAAGUGCGAGAUUUGAAUUCAUAUUUGAAAGCUUAGAAAGCAUUUCAGUUUUAAUUCUUUUUUUCUGCGAGUUGAUGAUUUGAAGCUCUAAAAAUAACAGAGAAAAUCAUCCGAGAAAAUGUUUUUGAACCCAAACAAAAGAAACCUGGGUUAAAUUUAACCCCAGGUUAAGCACUAAUUGGCCUUUG